CCCAAGAGGUGGCAGUUUGGGUCGAGUCCUAGCCCCCCUGACACCUCCCUGAGGUCCUGGGGCCCCUGCUCCUUGAGGACCAACUGCUUGUGUUACACUCCCCAGCUCCAGCCUCUCCUUUGAACAUUCCUUCCAUUUUCUGGGGUUUCCACCCUUUUCUCUCUUUCUUGACUCCUCUUCUCUUUCCCCUCAUUUCUAUCUUACACACGCCCCUGCACGGAUGCUCAUCCCAAUCUGAUACGCGCAUCCACCCUACUUGGGUCCUGCUGCCUCUUGGAACUUGGCAGUCCAGCUCUCACAGGGCUGGUGACCAGGGAGCCCCAAGCAAAUGAGAGUCUUAUCUACAAAGUGGGGCUGUGGGCGACGGGCGACUGGUACAUGCUGACCUGGGCGAGGGAUCUUAGACCCUUCUUUACAAGUCAGGAGCUUUCCCAGAAGGGCCUCAGGUUGGCCGUGGUUCUGAGGUUUCCACUCCCUCCACCUUUGGAGUGGUUGAUUGAUUUCUGUGGCCAGGACAGGCUGUGCCCAGGUGUGGCAGGUGUGCUAUUGACGUGCCUCUCUCUGUCUGUCGGUCUGUCUCUCCCUCCUUCUCUGGUUUCGCUUGGCUGGGAGGGGGGGCCUCAGAGGUCAGAGCACCCAGGAUUGCUGUUGGGCAGUGGCUCCAGCCUCCUUUGGCUGGAUGUUCCCCGGGCUCAGAGGAGCUCGUCUCUGUCGGGGAGGGAGGAGGCUGUCCCUUGGAAGAACAGGAUCUGGGCUGAUGCCAGAGAUAAGGUUUGAGGGCGGAGGGAGAGGUUGAGCAAUCUUGCCCUGGAAGCUGCGCUUAGGUCUUCUGACCUCUGUACCAGAGGCUUUCCCUCAAUCUUGGGAAAAGGAACCAAACCCUCGAGCUUUCUGGCAGAGGGUCUUGGAAGCCAGCUCCAGCCAGCAUAUCUGGGUGCUCCGGGGAGGAUAGGCCCGUGCCAGCCAUCUCUGAACAGGGAACUGGGUGGUCGAGCUGGGAGGCACUCGUGUGUGGCUGGACUUGGCCUUUGCUCACAGUGCGUGUGAAGGAAGUUUAGCCAUUCCUUUCCCUCAUUCCCACUCACUGUGUCCCUGAAGCUCCAGCUACGCCUCUGGUGGAACCUUGGGCUUCCUUCCAGUGACGUCCAUCAGCGUCUUUCCCAGGCACCGCCAGCUUGCAACAUGGGGCUCCAUGCCAGGGUGGCAGCGCUGGCAUCCAGAGCCCUCCUUUGCCAGGAACGGGGCCCUGGUGGUCUCCACUCAGCCUCACCCGCUGAGGGAGGGUCUCCCUUUGGGGCCAGGCCAGGGCACUUUGGGGCAUGUUCAUGAAUGGGUGCUUACACUUCUGACCCAGCCCAUAGGAAAGUGCUCCGCACCACUGCCAUUUCCCCCUGGUUCUUUUAUCCCAGAGGCUGAGGGCGUCUUAAAGCAGCAGUGCCAGGGCCGUUCGGGCCACUGUCUUCUGCCCUGGCCAUCGGGGUCGCAGAUGCCAUCGGUCAGGGCAAUCUCCAGCCUCCCUGGGAGUCUCUGGGUUCUUCCCAUACCUGUGUCCACGCAGUUCUUGCGGUAACUGAGCUUAGUCUGCAGACCCCGGCUUCCAGUUUCCCCAGUGGGACAGUGAAGCCAGGCUCUGCUGUUCCGGCUUCCAUUCCCUGCCCCUCUUCGUCUUCAGUUUCCCACUCACUGCAACCCUUCUCCAUCCUUAGAAUGUUGCCCUUGGCCCUGAAGCAUCAAAAGGGGACCAGUGCCCCUCCCCUCGUGGGGUUUAAGGCUCAAUCAAAUCAUGGGAGUAGAGAGCCUGAGAGAACUCCAAAGGAACCUCCUCAGGGCUGGCAGGACAAUUUAUGGACACUUCUAUGAGUCUGGUUAGGUCCAAAGGACCAGGCUGUAUUUUACUGGGGCUUGAUCGUGCUGAGGUUUUGUGCAUUAUUUGUUGCUGGUAGCACCAGGGUCCCACAGAGUCCUGGGCUGUCUAACCCUCAUCCUAGGAAGGAGUGGUUGGAGUUUCUCUUCUCCCUCCUCCACCUCGUCCACCCGUUUCAAACUGAAAUCAGAAAGAGCUUCAGUCCCGUCUGAGCGAAGCCAGGCUCCUCCAUCCUGCAUCGGAGGAGCUCAGAGCCCUAUGACCUCCUCCUUACCACCCGCUCCAAUUGCUGGACUUCAGAUCUGACCCCAGACCUGCCUGCUGCCUCGGGAGGGCCAGCCUCCCCUCCCGUCAUCGGGCAAGAUGCCGAUCCUCAAGCAGCUGGUGUCUAGCUCGGUGCACUCCAAACGCCGCUCCCGAGUGGACCUCACGGCCGAGAUGAUCAGUGCCCCGCUGGGCGACUUCCGCCACACCAUGCACGUGGGCCGGGCGGGGGACGCCUUUGGGGACACCUCGUUCCUCAACAGCAAGGCUGGCGAGCUGGACGGCGAGUCCCUGGAUGACCAGGCCUCCUCCUCCUCCUCCAAACGCAGCCUCCUGUCCCGGAAGUUCCGGGGCAGCAAGCGGUCACAGUCGGUGACCAGGGGGGACCGGGAGCAGAGGGACAUGCUGGGCUCCCUGCGGGACUCGGCCCUCUUUGUCAAGAAUGCCAUGUCCCUGCCCCAGCUGAACGAGAAGGAGGCCGCCGAAAAGGGCUCCAGCAAGCUGCCCAAGAGCCUGUCGUCUAGCCCCGUGAAGAAGGCAAAUGCCGGCGAGGGCGGAGAGGAGCAGGAGGUGGGCGUGGGAGAGGUGGUGCCCCGGCGGAACGGGGCUGCUGCCCCCCACUCCCCUGACCCCCUCCUCGAUGAGCAGGCCUUCGGGGACCUGACAGAUCUGCCCGUCGUGCCCAAGGCCAGCUUCGGGCUGAAGCAUGCCGAGUCCAUCAUGUCCUUCCACAUCGACCUGGGGCCCUCCAUGCUGGGCGACGUCCUCAGCAUCAUGGACAAGGAGGAGUGGGAAGCAGAGGAGGACGAUGGCGGUUUCCAUGGUGACGAUGCUCCAGCAGGCGGUCUCCCCCAGGACCCCCCUUCCGUGGCAGAGGCCCCUCCCCUGAUUAGGCAGGAAGGCAAGGCAAGCCCUGACUUGCCCCCACUGCCCCCCCAGGCUCUGCAGGACGAGGGGUGGGCGGCGGCGGCCCCUAGCCCCGGCUCGGCCCGCAGCGUGGGUAGCCACACCACGAGGGACAGCAGCUCCCUCUCCAGCUGCACCUCGGGUGUCCUGGAGGAGCGCAGCCCUGCCUUCCGGGGGCCAGACAAGGCCCGGGCUCCUCUCGCCAGGCAGCCCGACAAGGAGUUCUCCUUCAUGGACGAGGAGGAGGAGGAUGAAAUACGAGUGUGAGGCGGGCAGGAGAUGGUGGCUGCACACUCUUGGCCUCAUCUCCCUGUGCCCAGCCCGCCACCACCCUCCUCUUUCCUCUCCCUGUGCGUGGGCAGCCAAGAGCCUGGCUUCGGCCACACAUCCUGGACCUCAUAGAUGAGGGGCAUUGGCCAAGCCUGGGCACCUGUGGAGGACUUCGGGAGCCGGCCUGGGUGCCGACGGGGUGCCUGACUUCAUUGCACGCCUUGCUCUCCCCGAGCUCUCUACGACAGGGCUGUUCUGGAAGCAGGAAUCAGUUUUGCCUGGCCUCAGACGGAUGCCAGGGGUCAGCCUGACUUCCUGCCUCGUGCAGCAAUGGCAGGUCAGCCCAGGGACGGCCUGAGGGCCAGAGCUAAGGACAUGGGGCUCACUUUUCCCUCCUGGCGUUUCUGCUGUGACUGGCGGUGUUUGCCAGGGUAAGUGCACGUGGCAGGAGGACCGGGGUGGUCACACAUCCCGGCCCCUCCCUACACCGUCCCUGGCUCCUGCACCGGAAGCCUGGAGCCCCUUGGAGUAAAGCUGGACCGAAUUUGUACACUAAACGCGUCCCCUUCCUGGGGACGAGAACAGGAAGGAAACCCCGGGGCUGCUUGAAUUUUCAAGAAGGGGCCCUUCCGGGACGACACUAGGAACAGGCUGCGGCCCUCAGUCUCUAUGGGUCUGUUCGUUCGUUCUUGUUAUGUUUAAAUCCUUCUAGAGCAAUAUCAGGAACAGUGUUAGUAGGCCUGCCACCAGAGGGAAAAUCCAAUCCCUUUAGAAAACCUUUAUACUAAGCGCUUCCAAACUUUGUUUAGAACUAUACGGGGUGGGUAUCUCUAUGUCGCCGCCCCCCCCGCCCCUUGGCUAUUAACAACUGAAGGCGGCCAGUGUAGAAAAUUUCUGGAAAAUGAUUUUUUAAAAAAUAAUAUAUCAUUCCUAUGGAGGGAUAAAAGCUUUUUUGACUGGGUUAUUCCCUCCCCGCCCCUCCCCCCCAACAAACACUACUUCCCCUUCCCUUCUCAGCUCUGCCAGCUGACCCCCUUCCCCACUUCGGGGGCCAGGGCCCCUGCAUACAGGGGUGCCAGAUUUAGCAGCAAAACAGAAUGCUAGGUUAAAUUAGAAUUUCAGGCAUACAAAGGAUAAUUUUUUAGUGUAAGUAUGCCCCAUGCCAUGUUGAAACACACUUACACGCUAAGAAAUUAUUUGCUGUUAUUCUGAAAUUCACAUUUCCCUGUGUGUCCUGUGACCCUGCCCGAGGGGACUGAGUGGGAGCCGGGCUGUGAGCCCCCGGGGUUAACUGAUGAUGAUCUUUUCUGUCCUGGGAACAGGCUGACGCCCCUCCUCCUGUCCGCUUGUAGCCAUGGCGGGGGAGGGACAGGCAGAACUAACUAGCCCAGGAUCCAGCCCGGGCUGGUGGGCGGGGCCCCCCCAGGCUGCCAGCUUUUGCUGGAUCCUUACUCAGACACUAACUUAGUUCCUGAUUCGAGCACCUCGAGCGGAGCUCCCACGGUGGGGGAGGAAUCGGAAGGUUGUGCAGCCUCUGCCAGCUGCCCUUGAAACCCAUUCAGACCGUGGUCACUUCCAGAUUCUAAACUGUAUAUUUUUCUCAUGAUAUUGUUAAAACAGCGGGGAAACAUUAAAAAAGCCCUGUAGCACA